AUGGACUCCUCUGUUGUAAUCGACGCGAACCCAGGUUUAUCACCAUCAAGGUUUGUGAAGGUUUUCAUGCAUGGGAAAGCCUUUGGAAGGAAGAUAAAUUUGGCUCUUCACAACAGUUAUGACUCGCUGUCUUUGACCCUGAAAAGACUGGGCAGCAACUAUUCUCUUUCGCAAGAAGAACUGAAUAACUUGGCAAUGAAUGAAGAAGACGGUGCAGCAGAUGACAACGACUUCGUGCUUUGGCUUUUCACCAUUUCGGUCAAGAAGAUCUACAUUGCUCCCCCAGAAAAUCAAGAUGAUAAUGGGGAUUAUCUAGAGGAAGGAGCAGGAGAUAAUGGUGAUGGCAAUGGCGGCGCUGCUGUUGGAGAUGAAGUUGCUAUUGCGGCCGAGGAAGUUGGAGAUGGAGUUGCUAUUGCUGAAGAUGAAGAAGUCCUUGAUGCUGCUGGGGAAGCUGAGGAAGCUGGAGAUGGAGCUGCUAUUGGUGAGGUUGAAGAUGCAGGAUCUGUUGCCGGGGAUAUUGGAGAUGGCAGCGUUGAGGAUGCAGAUAUGCCAGAAAUAUGA